CACACGCACGAGGGCGCUGCGCACACUCAGUAAGUGCAUACUCCAGUACGGUCUGUUUGUUUACUUGACGCAUUUAUUUAGAUAUUAGCCAAUGUAGAUUACAAGCAGUUUUGACAUCUACUGCGAUCAAGUCGUGGAUACAACAGAGAGGAAGCUGAGGUGUGUUUCAGUGACUUGGAGCUGACGGAGUGACUACUCGAGAGGACAGCUACAGAAUGUCUUUCAUAUUUGAUUGGAUCUACAGAGGAUUCAGUAGUGUGUUAAAAAUUUUAGGAUUGUAUAAAAAGUCCGGAAAGCUGGUUUUCCUUGGAUUAGACAAUGCAGGAAAAACAACAUUAUUGCACAUGCUUAAGGAUGAUCGGCUCGGACUGCAUGUGCCAACACUCCAUCCAACUUCAGAAGAGUUGACUAUUGCUGGGAUGACUUUCACUACAUUUGACUUGGGUGGACAUGCACAAGCAAGAAGAGUUUGGAAGAAUUACUUACCAGCUAUAAAUGGAAUAGUCUAUCUUGUGGAUUGUGCUGACCAUGAACGUCUAAAUGAGGCCAAAGUUGAACUAGAUGCCCUGCUAACUGAUGAGACCAUAUCCAAUGUGCCAAUCCUUAUUUUGGGAAAUAAAAUUGAUCGACCUGAGGCAAUAAGUGAAGAUGCAUUGAGAGGAACAUUUGGCCUACAUGGACAAACUACUGGAAAGGGCAAUGUGUCACUGAAGGAGCUGAACAUGAGGCCACUGGAACUUUUCAUGUGCAGCGUGUUAAAACGACAAGGAUACGGGGAUGGUUUCCGAUGGCUUUCUCAAUACAUUGACUAAUUGAUUAAGACCCAACAGCCUCUGCAAAUAUGCCUGACCCUAUUUAUUGAAGAUUUGACUCAGGAGUAAACUAUUUAAAAUGUAAUGAAAACUGACAGUUGUUCAUGUAGUAUUUUUUAAUUGUGCCAAAAAUAGAAUAUGCUCCUGAAAUAUAUUUGUGUAGUCUCAAGACUGCAUAAUUUUUUCUUUUAAAUUCAAUAAGGAUAGCAAACUGUAUGGUACAUGUUGAGUCAGGGGGUAUUUUAGGAUAAAUAGUAUUAUAAUUAGAUUUUGUUGAGUCUAUCCACAUUACAUACACUUUCUGUUACAUACAUUUUCAGUUAAAUAUGUAUUGCACGUUUGAUCAAAUAAGAAAAGUGAUUUUCGGCCAUGAUGUGGAAACUAACCAACAAGUAUAAGACGUGCAAUAAUUAGAUGCAUGUUGGUUGUAUAUUCAUUAUUUUUAUGUUUAAACAAUAUUACCACCAGUGUGCCUUUAUGAGAGUAGUGUGGUCUACAACUGAUUGGUGCUUUAAUUUAAAGGCGACGCUGUUGUAGAUGCAAUAUAUACAAUAAUUCAUUCACUCAUUCAAAAUUUAUGAAUUAUUUCUGCACUUUUGAGCUGCAAAUACAUCUGACAUGCGACAAUGAGCAAGAGUAAAUGCACAACAACAAGCUUCUGGAUAAAGCACGCUCGUACAAUACAGUCACGUUAAGUCACUUUUCACAUUUGUAAAUAGAACUGCAUCUUUUUUAAAUGUGGCUUAGAAAACCUUAAUGGCACACUCUCCAAGGCUUAUUUUGGCGCAGACAAAAAAUAAAAGUGAAUAUUCUUGUUA